AUGGCUUCUGAUCAGAAGGAAGUUAGCAAUGGCUUGGAGUGGAGGAGAAAGGUGGCAGCUGAGAUUUUGGUUCCUGAGACAAAAACUUCCAGCAGCAUCUUGAUUUCUCUGAAGGCUUUUAUUGUAGGGUUCGCUUCAAAAGUGUGGAAGUUUUUGCACAAAGCAUGGGAUGUAGGAGUUGAUGACCCCAGAAAAGUGAUCCAUUGUCUAAAAGUAGGGAUGGCACUCACUGUUGUCUCACUCUUUUACUAUAUGAGGCCUCUGUAUGAUGGUGUUGGAGGGGCUGCUAUGUGGGCAAUCAUGACAGUUGUGGUUGUAUUUGAAAACACUGUCGGUGCAACAAUAUCUAAGAGUUUGAACAGAAUGUCUGGAACUUUUCUUGCUGGAUUUCUUGCAGUUGGCGUUCAAUGGGUUGCUAGGCAAUCAGGAAACAGAUUUGAACCUAUAAUUAAUGGAGCCGCAGUUUUCCUCUUAGCUUCUCUAGCGACCUUCUCAAGAUUCAUCCCUUCGGUGAAAGCCCGGUUUGACUAUGGUGCUAUGAUAUUUAUCCUUACAUUUAGCUUGGUUUCAAUAUCGGGUUAUCGGGUUGUUGAAGUGUUUGCUCUGGCCCAAGAGAGAAUAGUCACCAUUAUCAUUGGCACUAUCUUGUGCAUUAUCAUAAGCAUGCUUGUUUGCCCCAUUUGGGCUGGUCAAGAUCUCCAUACUCUCAUCUUUCUUAACAUUGAAAAGCUUGCCGAUUCCUUGGAGGGUUGUAUAGCCGAAUACUUCAAAGAUGGUGACGACCUUGAUGAUGGUGACAAAGAAUGUCAUAAGAAGCUGCAAGGGUACUACAAAUGUGUUCUAAGUUCUAAGGCAACAGAAGACUCUUUGGCCAAUUUUGCAAGAUGGGAGCCAGCUCAUGGCCGCUUCAACUUUUGGCACCCAUGGAAACAAUACAUCAAAAUAGGGGCAUCAAUGCGCAGCUGUGCUUAUUGCAUUGAUGCGCUCAAUGGUUGCAUCAAUUCAGAAAAUCAGGCAUCUGAAAAUGUAAAGAAGCAUAUCAGCAUCAUUUGCUUGAAAGUAAGCUCCAACUCUUCAGGUGUCAUAAGAGAGCUAGCUUUGACAAUGAAGACAAUGAAGAAAUCAUCCAACAUCCAUUUCCUGGUUGGAGACAUGAACAAAGCAGUACAAGAGCUCCAAGUUAACUUGAAGGCCCUUCCUAAGUUAUUCAACCCCCCAUCAAGGCCAGAAGCUGCAGAAACUCGUGAAAAUAAGACAACAGAGCAGCAGCCUGCCUCCAAAACAGUGGUUUCUACAAUGCCUAUCAUGGAUAUUAUUCCACUUGUAACUUUCACUUCUUUGUUGAUUGAAAUUGUCACAAGGAUCAAUGGCAUUGUCGAUGCUGUUGAAGAACUAGCAGAUUUGGCUGAAUUCAAGCCUGCAAGCAAUGACAAGUGCGGAAAAGAUGAUGAUCAGCUGAAUAACAAUUUUUUACCAGAUCAGCAAAAAGAUAAGGAUAUCAUGAAGAAGGGUAUCAUGAGUACAAGGGGGAAGAAGAGAGCACGCAGGGGCUCGGCCGUAUUGCGGCAGUCGAUAUCGCCUGGGUCUCCAGCAGCCCAACUUGAUGACAGCGAGCAACAAGACGUUGCUCAGCUUCUAGGGAUAUAG